UGUGGGUUGGAUGAAGCAACGUGGCUCAGAACGUGGAGAAUCUCACCGGCAUUGGCAAAUUCUAUCCACGCUGAGCAGGUUUUGGACAGGAGGGUGAACAAAAGUUCUCUCAUUUUCAUCAAUUUACGGAAACUUUCCCAAAGCUUUACACAUUUAUAAAGAUGAGGUACGUUGCAGCUUACCUGUUGGCAGUCCUGGGCCAGAAAUCAGACCCCUCCGCCGGAGAUAUUGAGAAAAUCCUUAGUUCUGUUGGUAUUGAAGCAGAUAAGGAGAAGCUGCAAAAGGUCGUUUCCGAACUCAAGGGGAAAGUCCUAGAAGACCUCCUAAAAGAAGGUCAGUCGAAGCUCGCCUCCAUGCCAUCGGGAGGUGGUGCAGCAGCAGCCGCAGCCCCAGCCGCGGCCGCAGCUGGUGGCGGAGACGAGAAACCCAAGAAGGAGGAGAAGAAGAAGGAGGAAUCUGAAGAAGAGGACGACGACAUGGGUUUCGGCUUGUUUGACUAAGUUAAAUAGCUUAUGUAUUGUACAUCUUCUACUCGUGUAAUAAAAGAUUCCAACUUUACGAACUUGGAACAAUUUUUGAAAA